UUUUAAGGACUAACAUCAAACAUUCUUCAGAACAGAGCGGUUGUAAACAGUAUCGGAUACUUUUGACUUCCAAGCGGAUAUUUACCUACAGACAGACUGGGAAAAAAUCACUUCUGUUCAGUUGCGCAAGUUGCCAGCUAAUUUGUUGUUACUGUUCGGAGGGGAAAAAAACUUCUCAGAGAGAGGGACGCUAUGCAGCACUACGGGGUGAACGGCUACUCUCUGCACGCCAUGAACUCACUGAGCGCCAUGUACAACCUGCAUCAACAGGCCGCACAGCACGCGCAGCACGCGCCCGACUACCGGCCCUCCGUGCACGCGCUCACCCUGGCGGAGAGACUGGCAGACAUCAUCUUGGAGGCGCGGUAUGGCUCUCAGCACAGAAAGCAACGCCGCAGCCGUACAGCCUUCACUGCCCAGCAGCUGGAGGCGCUGGAGAAAACUUUCCAGAAAACUCACUACCCUGAUGUGGUUAUGCGUGAACGUCUGGCCAUGUGCACCAACCUACCUGAAGCUCGAGUGCAGGUGUGGUUUAAAAACCGCCGUGCAAAGUUCCGCAAGAAGCAGCGCAGCUUGCAGAAAGAGCAGCUUCAGCAGCUGAAGGAAGCUGGGAUGGAGAGCGCACAGGAAGAAGGAAAAGAAGAGGCUCCGCCAGUUGAGGCUCAAGCCCCGCCCUCCCCUUCAGAUGGGUGUGGCCCCAUGUGUCCUCCUCCCUGUGAGCUUAGUGAGGAGGUGAAUGUCACCUCACCCGAACAGUCAGGGGCAGAGUCAGGGGCUGAGGACAUGACUGACAGAGAGGACGAAUCGUUGUCCAUCAAAGAUGAAACAAAAGAGGCGGGGCCACCCCUGACGACAGAUGACAGUUCACCUUCUUGCAAACCAAUCAGCCCUAAAUCAGAUGAGCUGCUUGGUUCACCGUCUCUUCCUUCCUCCAGUGGCGUCAGCGGCGGUGUGGCUCAGACUAAUUCUUACGCGUCGUCUCCUCUCAGUCUGUUCCGUCUGCAGGAACAGUUUCGCCAGCACAUGGCCGCCACCAACAACAUCAUGCACUAUCCCGCCUUCGACGUGACCACGCCCUCCUCCUUACCCUACCUGGGCGUAAACGUGAACAUGGCGUCUCCGCUGGGAUCUCUGCCGUGUCAGCCGUACUACCAGACCCUCUCUCAAGCCCAGCAGAUGUGGAGCAGCCCUCUGAUGCAGGGCUCUGGUGGUCUACCGGCCCUCAACAGCAAAACCACCAGCAUCGAAAACCUGCGUCUGAGGGCGAAGCAGCAUGCUGCAUCACUCGGCUUGGACACGCUUCCAAACUAACCACUGAUCAAUGUCUUGUGUCCAGGAUCUAAAUCACAUUAGUGUGCUGAAAUCACUUGACAGCUGGCUGAGCUGGAGCUGUUUCAUUAUCAUAUAGCAUGGUGGAGUGGAGAAGUUUGGAUGACUUUUAAAUGUUUAGGUCUGGCUGCAUGGCAGAGGUUUUAAACUUUUCCAAACACCCCUUGCUUUGCACUUUGAAAUGCAAAAAAGAGCACAUUAAUUCAUUUGUCUCUGUAAAUAAGCUUCUUCAGGUCCACAGCCUUAGUAGAAGGUUAGUGAAGCCUCCCGUUUGUAUAUUUGAAGAGAUGCUUAAAUGUCUUCCCUGUCUGUGGAUGUUAUAAAGGGACGUAAACGUAUGGAUGAAGCUUCUGCAAACAUCAGAAAGACUUCAGCAUCACCUGGACUGAUGUUCCUGAUGUCAUGCCAUGUGAUUUGUCAUUUUAGAGUCUAUUGGAUAUCUCUGAAUUGUUUAAAUAAAUGUGAAUAAUUUAUUAGUGAAAUGAAAGGGAAUAAACCACAUAUAUGAACUGAA